UUGUCCACCUCCUGAUGAUUAUUUAAUUUAAGGAAAUAAAUCAAGAUAAAAUUUGUUUUCCUUCUUUCUUUACAGAUCCCACGUGACCACUCAAUCCAGCAGCCCAGAGUUAUUCCAGCGCUGACGUCGAGAAAUGGUUCGAACAUAUGGAAAGAGUGACACCCAUUGCAUCUGUGAUGGAAAUGCAGCCAUCGAAAAACCAGCCUGUAGGAUGUUUUAAACCACGUCUGGGUCACGGUUUCCAGAAAAACGUCGAGAGAUGGAGGAGAUUUACCAAUACCUUAAAAUAAAGGAAAAAUAAAUGAAAGAAGACGGCCAGUCAUUGUGAAAGUUCCCACUUCUCCUUCUGGAGGUUUUGAAGUAACGUUGGAAAUUCGGCAGACCGGCCUUCAGACCUGAUAUAAGGCGACUGCACAGCCAUGUUUUGUCACACUGGACGUAGCUGAGAGACAACGAUGCUGCGCAAGGGUAUUACAGGGAGCUUCGGAGCUGCUAUCCACGGCCUCGGCCCCCUCCAGCUGACAGACGGUGUGAUUAACAGGAGCAAGAGGAUGAUGCUGGACACCCUGGGCGUCGGGCUGAUAGGAACCAGCACGGACGUCUUCAACAAGGCUCUCGCAUACAGCCAGAUGUUCCGGUCCGAUGAGAGCAGCAGCGUUUGGGGUAAAUCGGAGAUGACGCUUCCUUCUCACUACGCCGCCUUCGUCAACGGCGUCGCGGUUCACUCCAUGGACUUCGACGACACCUGGCACCCCGCGACCCACCCCUCGGGGGCCGUGCUGCCCGCCCUGCUGGCCCUGGCGGAGACUCUGCCCGGACGGGUCUCCGGUCUGGACCUGCUGCUGGCCUUCAACGUGGGCGUCGAGGUGCAGGGCCGACUCAUGAGGUUCUCAUCGGAGGCCUACAACAUCCCCGAGAGGUUCCACCCCCCCAGCGUCGUCGGCGUGAUGGGCAGCGCCGCAGCCUCGGCCAAGCUGCUGGGCCUGUCCCCGGCCCAGUGCGCUCACGCUCUGGCCAUCGCGGCCUCCUCCGCCGGCGCUCCCCUGGCCAACGCCGCCACGCAGACCAAACCUCUGCACAUCGGGAACGCCGCUCGCAGAGGCCUGGAGGCCGCCCAGCUGGCCCGGCUGGGCCUGGAGGGGAACCCGGCCAUCCUCGACAUGAACUGCGGCUUCGGUGUUUACUACAAGGACUACAGUCCGUCUGCGAUGGCGGUGUCUUCCGCCGCCGACUAUAAAUGGAUCCUGGAGGACCAGGACGUGGCCUUCAAGCGCAUCCCCGCUCACCUGGGGAUGCACUGGGCGGUGGAUGCGGCUCUGGAAGCGCGCGCCAAGCUCGAAAACGCCACCGGCGUGACCUUUGACCUCAGCCAGAUCAGGCGGGUCACCCUCAGAGUGCCUCCAUCCAAGUACGUGGACUGCCCCUUCCCCGGCACGGAGCACCAAGCCCGGCACUCGUUCCAGUUCAACGCCUGCGCCGCCCUGCUGGACAACGAGGUGACCGUGUCCUCCUUCGGCGGAGCUCGGAUGAACCGGCCCGCUCUGAGGGACCUGCUGUCCAGAGUGGAGGUGGAGACCCCCGAAGACAACGCACCCAGCUUCGACAAGAUGUACUGCGAGGUGGAGGUAGAAACGCAGCGGGGCCAGAGUCACGUGGCCAGGUGCAAUACCUUCUACGGCCACUGGAGGAAGCCCCUGAGUCAGGAGGACCUGGUGGACAAGUUCAGCUCCAACGCGUCCUCGGUGCUGUGCGCAGAGGGGGUGGAGGGCGUGGUGGACGUGGUGGGGAACCUGGAGGCGGUGAGGGACUGCUCCGUCCUCAGCUCGUACCUGAGACUGACCAGCGCUCCAGAGGAGCAGCGACACAGCAGGAGGAGCGUGUGACCGCACGGAUUAUACAACAAACGCUGGAAAUGUCUUAUUCAGCAUUUUAAAUGUGCUCAUUAUUUAAUGCCCUUUGGGGAAUAUGAUGAAUGUAAAAUGUCUCCCUUACACUGGGAUAUUUUCUCUUGUUUCUUUUAUUUAUAUAUAUAUAUAUAUAUAUGCAGUGGUGUAUAAAGUACCCAAAAGUCAUACUUGAGUAAAAGUAAAGAUACUUGACUGGAAAAUUACUCAAGUAAAAGUAAAAGUCACCUGUGAGAAUACUACUUGAGUAAAAGUAUUAAAGUAUCUGAUUUUUUUUGUACUUAAGUAUUGAAAGUAAAAGUAAAUGCUGUUAAUAAAAAAAACAAAGGGUCAGAA